GACGGAGCUUCUGCGCAGGUCCGUAAAUAGGCAGCUAGCUGAGGUGAAAAGGGUGGCUAAUUAUCGGAAAGGUAGCUAGUUAAGGUGAACCGAGGAGGCGCUGUCACUUACGGGGGCAGGACAAAGGACGCCGCAGAGGAACUGCCGGCAGCUAAAGAGUACGACUCAUCCUCCAGUAAGAACAUGGUAGAUUAUUACCACAUUCUAGGGGUGCCCAGGAAUGCAUCCCAAGACGAUAUCAAGAAAGCGUACAGGAAACUGGCCCUCAAGUGGCACCCUGACAAGAACCCUGAAAACAAGGAGGAGGCAGAGAAGAAAUUCAAGGAGCUCUCAGAGGCGUAUGAAGUUCUGUCAGAUGCCAACAAGCGUGAGACGUAUGACAGAUACGGGAAAGAAGGCCUGAGCACUAAUGGAGGGGGGAAUUACCAAAACGGCGACCACAUGGGUGGGGGCUUCACCUUCCGCAAUCCAGAAGAUGUCUUCAGGGAGUUCUUCGGAGGCCGGGACCCAUUUGCCGAUUUCUUUGGCCCCGAUCCCUUCGCCGACGACUUCUUCGGUGGAGGUGGCAGGAACCAGCGCGGGAUUCACAGGAGCAGGACCAGUGGCCCCUUCUUCUAUGGUUUCAGUGGAUUUCCACCCUUCGGGGUUGGAUUCUCAGGGUUUGAUACAGGGUUCACCUCGUUCGGCCAAAUGGGAGGUGGGGGCUUCACCUCAUUCUCCUCCACGUCGUUGGGUGGGGGCGAAAGUGGGGGCGGGAGCAGGAUGGGGAAUUUCCGCUCCGUAUCCACUUCCACCAAAUAUAUCAACGGGAGAAAGAUCACAACUAAAAGAAUUGUGGAGAAUGGACAGGAGCGGGUAGAGGUGGAAGAGGACGGACAGUUAAAAUCUCUGUCUAUUAAUGGUAAGGAGCAGGUGCUGCGGCUGGAUAACAAGUAAAACUCCCUGAAUCAAUGUGAGGACCUGUGUGGGCCAAAACGUCGUCAUAGCGAUGUUCAGAUUUGUCUGUUUGUUCAUUGUUGUUUUUCAUUUUUCUCUGUUGGCAUUUGUAAUGCAAGGUUAACCUUCUGUGAAACGUCUAUGUUUUAAUUCAAAGUAUUUAUGAGGUGGGAGGGGGAUUAAACGUUUUGUGUAAGAGUGCAUUUGGUUGUGACUUGUUUCGUUCGUUUUUUUUUUUUCGGUUGUUUUUGUUGGUUUGUUUGGGACCAGCCUUUGUAUGCACUUUGCAGUAUUGCAGUUUAUAUGUGGAUGUGCAUUGCCUUUUUUAUCCUUGGGGAGGGGGGGAAAAAUGUACAUUUCAAUAAAGCAUGAUAUGAUUUUA